GACUGUGUCUCAGUAUAGUGAAGGUAGGGCUCUAAGACGAGUGUGUAUGAGAGAGUGGAGAUGAUUAUAUAGUGAUCUUAACUUAUAAAUACCAGUGACUUCAACGGUGCUUAAAGAGACAGCGGUGGUGACACGAGAUUCUUAGUUUUAAAUAGAAUUGCUGGUUGUCACUCUCGGUGAUGAAUUCUGGAGAGACUUAGCCCAGGUGUGUGGAGGAGAGAGAGGAAAGGUUCGUGAUAGAGCACUCAAGAACAGUUCCUGGAUAAUCCGAUAUUCCUGGACUAUAGGGAUCGACCUGGAUACUCAGACCCAUAGUUCCGAGUCAAAGGUUUUAUAAAAACUUUCUCCGGGUCCUGGAUGCACCAAGGAGGGUGGGCAGUCUGUCUGACAUUGAAACCAGACUGACCCUACACUGCAUCCUUGCUAAAACUAGACCGUGCUAAAAAUGCAAAAAUGAACCUUGUAAGUUUCAAGUCUCCAAGAUGACCUGUUCAAAUCUAAUUCAAAGUGAUCCGGAGCUACCCUGAUUCAACCAAACCUAAGGAUGGGUGACUCCAAGUUCCUGUGUAAUGCAAGGUUUGUAGGAAGGAGCCCUGUGGACGGACCUCUUAACGAUUAUCGUCUCUCCGGAGUAGUCUCCUCUCUGUACCAGGAGUCUAAGGUUAAGCAGCACCAUGAGGAGUUGAGAUGCAACCUAGAGUUCAGUGAGAGGAACCUUCUCGUCACUUUUAUCAAGAAGGAUGAAGGGUUUGAAUCGGACACAGAGUCCGCUAAAUCUCUUGAACCCGGAGCCGGGUUGGGCGCGGAGGAGAAGAGUGUAUCCGGAGAAGAGAAGAUCAUCAAGGAUCAUGUUUUCAGAUUUAACGAAUCAGGAGAGGAUUCCUACAGUGGCGGAUCAGACUCUGAGACCAGUGAUCAUAAUAAAACCGGUUCCUCCACCAGCUCCGCCUCCGCCACUCCCACGGCGGAGCUUCAGAAGUAUAAAUUCGACCAUAUGGAUACAUACUCCAUUAGUGAUGUUCUCAUUUGUCAUACAGAUAAACUUUAUAAAAAUUGUGUUAUUUGGGUGAUAAGGAGGUCAGGAAAUCUAGAGGCAUUAGUAUUCGAGGCUGGGUCCGAGGACUCAGCCCGUCAACUCUACAGAAAGUUCCACGAGGUCAGUAAACGAUCCAAGCUUGAGAGACAUCGACGCCGUAAAAGCGACGGCGGAAGUAUAAUCACAAAAUCGUCGGAUCUUUCCAACUUGAUCCAGAAGAGCGAGGAGCGAGGGAAUGUAUUAAAGACGGAGCUGGAAACUGAUGAUAUAGAAAAUCCACCAAAAUGGAAUCUUGUUCAGCAUACAGAUAAGAAUGGAGUUACCCAUAUUGAGGUUGAAUCCUCUCUACCAACACAUCUAGUCAGACAACGGGAUUCAACAGAACCACGAAGUUUACUCAGCUUCUCUCCACCUAAGUUCUCAGCACGAGGUAUUGCCCGGAACUCCGGGACUAAGACGGAGAAGAGUAAGUUUGCCAAAGAACUGGAGAGUAUUCUAUCCACUGAGAUUAAGAGACGGGAUGAACUAGGGUCUGGAGAUAGGAAGGAUGGAGAUGUAAUAUCUGGGAGCAGGAGCAGACCACAUGGGGAGUCUUUAUCCUUGAGACAGCGCGCGCCUGCCCUGCUCAUCCGUAAGUUAGAUGAGUUUGAGGAGAAGGCGCAUCGAAUUUGGGCAAAGGCGGAGGCGGAGGAGGAGAACCGUAAGGUUUGGUCGAAAUCCUCCAACUCUGUUAUCGGAAUAUCUUCUCCACCCCGUGGGCCCCAACUGGAGAACCCGUUACCUGUUCUCAAGAUUGAUUCUCCACGUCUCAACCCAUCACGACAGCCUGGGGAGGGAUCGGAGAGAAAAGAUGACGGGAGAACCCAAUCUCUGAUAAACCAACCUGAAAAUCCAACCAGAAACAAACAAAAAGAUUCACCAGUUACCAAGAAAGAUGAAAACAACCGUAUUCUCAUUCCGACAAAAACUGGAAAAGAACCUCCGAAAAAACUUUACCCCAAAGAAAGUCCUCCGAUAUUCAGCGGACGGUUUGUACCCCUUGGUAUGAGCCCUCAGCCCCACUCCCUACCUAUCUACCCAGUCCAGGUAAACUGGAACCGUAUGCCGGCUGAGUUGACCCAACUCGACCUGUGGAAAUUUAGCCAGGAGCAGCAGUGGAGACAGCAGCAACCACCUGCUCAGGAGAGGACCCGGAGUAGGGAUAGAUCUAGGAUUGAUCCUGAUCUUCGGAGAAGAGCUCAGAGUAAGAGCCCUGCUCGCAGACCCAAUGCACGGCUGUCUGAUCCCAACCCGGGUUCGGAAACAGGAUUUACAAGAAUUUUUCGAGAAUUUGGCGUGGCAAUGCGGAGCAGGAUGGGUAGGAAAGGAGAAAUUAGAAUCCCAACGGCCUCCGACCAACCAGAGAUGGCGCUUAAAUCCAAUCUGAAAAAACAGGGUAACCCUUCGCCAGAAAUAAAAGUAUUUCCGCCUGAUCGGAAUUCUGUCUCGCCAGAAAACAGAAAAGUGCAUUUUAAUAAGUUUGCAACAGUUCAGAUGAUGGGUUGAUGGACUCCACUCAAUUAGUGGAGUGUUAUCAAACCACUUUGCAACUAAAGAAUAUACCUAGAGAUAUCUCUGGUAAGUUCAACGCUGCAAGAAACAACGUCUGAAUAUCAAUGAAAUAAAAUAUAAUCGUCUGUGAUGAGGAUUUACUUCAACUAUUGCUACCUACAGUUCCUGAAAAGUAUUUCUGUUGUGAUUUAAUCAUGAGAAUUUAACUGUUUUAAAGUUUAUCAAUUUUAAAUAUAUUCAUAUGUUUAUAUC